UCCUGAAUCGCACUCUCGCGAGAAGCGACACUCGCAAAAAGUCCUCGCCUGUCCUGAUGAUAGUGAAAGCCACUAUUAUUAACAGCGUUCACGCUUUAUUGGAAAAGCUGGGCUAGCGAGGAGAACUGUGUCGGACAUAGCGAUGUGGAGACAUUCGGCGAGGUCGCUGAUAUCCAAAGCAAAAGCGAGCUCGGUCAAAUUUAGAUCGAAUGGAUCCUGCUGCAAUACUCAAGGGAAGACAUGGAGGACCCCCAGCGGGUUUGACACGGGUUUAAAGACUUUCAACAGCCUGACCAAACAGAAAGAGCCUCUCAUUCUGCCCAGAGAGGGAGUAGCUACCUGGUACAGCUGCGGACCCACCGUUUACGACCACGCACACCUGGGACAUGCAUGCUCAUAUGUCAGGUUUGACAUACUGCAGAGGAUUCUGUCCAGGCUGUUUGGAAUCACCGUCAUCCACGCCAUGGUCAUCACUGACAUCGAUGACAAAAUUAUCAGAAGAAGCUUGGAGGAAAAUGUAUCCUCAUCCACCAUAGCCAGAAUGUAUGAGGAGGAAUUCAAGAGGGAUAUGUUGUCACUAAAGGUGAUUCCUCCUGCAGCAUAUCUACGAGUCACUGAAAAUGUGCAUCAUAUUGUUGCGUUUAUUGGGCGGAUCGUUGAAAACGGACACGCUUACGUCACCAAAGAGGGUGAUGUGUAUUUUGACAUCCAGUCCAUUGGGGACCGUUACGGCAAGUUCGUGACACCAGUGGAUUCUCAAGGAGAACCUGGCAGCUCAAAUAAACGAGACUUAAGAGAUUUCGCUUUGUGGAAACCAUCCAAACCUCAAGAACCAUUCUGGGAGUCUCCGUGGGGCAAAGGCAGACCCGGGUGGCACAUUGAGUGCUCCACAAUCGCUAGUUGUGUGUUUGGAAGCCAGCUGGACAUCCACUCUGGGGGCAUAGACCUGGCCUUUCCUCACCACGAGAAUGAGAUUGCUCAAAGUGAAGCCUACCAUCAGUGUGGACAGUGGGCGAACUACUUCCUCCACUCAGGACACUUACAUCUGAAAGGCAGCGCAGAGAAAAUGUCAAAAUCUUUGAAGAACUUCAUCACCAUCGAGGAUUUUUUGCAGUCUUACUCUGCCAAUGAAUUCCGUAUGUUCUGUCUUUUGACCAAAUACAGAUCAGCCAUAGACUACAGUGAUGCCAGCAUGCAUGGGGCUCGGACCUCUCUAGAAACCAUCUCCACCUUCAUCAGUGAUGCUGAGUCCUACAUUAAGGGUCAGGUGCAGUGUUCACCUGUCCAGGAGGACUUUCUCUGGGAGAGGUUAGCUGAGGCAAAAUCCAGCACAGUGAAAGCUCUAGCAGAUGACUUUGAUACCCCAAAAGCAAUCAGUGGUGUGAUGAAUCUCAUUUAUCACGGAAACUGCCAACUCCAGCCGGUUUCUAGGUCUGACGUAGCGGUCCGGAGCCCUGCUGUAUUUGGAGCAAUGGUCGCCUACAUCAGAGACAUCCUGGAUGUGUUUGGGAUCGAUCUGCUGCACAGCAAGAAGGCGGAUGCUGCCAACAAUUACGGGAGACUGCAGGCCGUUGUGGAACAGCUGACUCAUUUUAGAAGAGAAGUCCGAGCGUUCGCACUCACUCAUCAGGAUGAUUCAACCACCGAAUCCAAGAAACCUGGACUGUACACAGAGAGGAUCCCCCUCCUUAAAGCCUGUGACACUAUCAGAGACGACCUGGCACCUUUGGGCGUGCUGAUAAAGGACAGAGGAGCCACCUCUACGUGGGAGAUAAAAGACAGACAGCAGAGAGUGUCCAGGAUAAACACAAGGAGACAUCCAGCUGAGACGUAUCACGACGACUGAAACUCACCUUUCAUCUUUGUGGACUCUACUAAAAGACUCAAUACGGAAAAAUAAAACUCAUAAUUUUAUUACAGAAUCUAA